AUAUAACGCGCCUACGCUCGCUGUUGUGUAGUAGCAUACGCCUAGCUGUCGAACCGACCGUAUACGGUUAGAAUGUUGCCAGAAGCUUGCCAGACUAUUGAGCACGGGAUCGUGGCACUGCUUAAGCGUAACUUUGGAUUUAUAGCUUGCCCAAAUCGUGUGCGGGACGUGUUCUUUCACUUGGCGGCACUCGAGGACUGCGUCCCUGAACAGCUGGAAGUGGGAACCACUGUCACCUUCACUGCUGAACGUGACAGCAGCGGGAGGCAAAUUGCAACGCACGUUAGGCUUGCUCCUGUUGGCUCCCGCGUCCGCUUGGUGCAGACCAGCCAGGAUACCUACAUCGGUCAGGUGGCGGAUCUUGCAACCAGCACGUCAAAAGGGGUCAUCCUAUUUCUGAACUCCAGAGAAGCACCCGAACGCAUACUGUACGAUGCCAGCGACGUGCUUGCCGCGCGCCCAACUUCAUCCCAGCAACCUCCUGAUGCUACACCGUCGCAGCCAGCAUUAGCGUCGCAGCUGCAUGCAGAUCCACUGGACGCGAUUUUCUCACAGGCCCCACAGCCCCCUCUAGCCCGGGGCCAGUUAGUCCUCUUCCGUAUAAGUACGGAUAUGCGAGCAGCACUACUCACCCAACAAGCCACCGCCGCAGCAGCAUCGGCUGCUGCUAUUCCCGACACAGCAGCCACUGCUGCUGGCAUGGGUUCUCCAGCUACAGCUUGUCUCAUCUCCGGAGGCUUGAGCGUUAGCAGCGGCAAGGAGCAAUGCACCCCUGCGCGCCCAUCUGUCAACACCAGACAGCGACUUGCGUACGAGCGGGCGGUUGAAGUACGGCCGGUUUCAUCGGUUUCGGAGCUGCGUUUGUCGUACCCGCACCUGCAGCACCAGGCGGUGCUGUUGGAGCUGCUGGGGGAGGCCAUGAGGGCCGCCAGGGAGGUGAGGGCACAGGCGCAGGAGGAAAGGGUGCAGGAGGCCAGGGUGCAGGAGGUCAGGGCGCAGGAGCAUGCACACGAACAGGCAGUGCGCCGAAGCUAGACCAGCACCCGGGCUGUGCAGAGCGUGUGCGGCUGAAGGCCGCGAGACACAGAGGGAGGGACAUGGGGACGCGGGUGAGGUUGGCGAGGUGCGGCACACGAGGCCCAUUGGGCUACAUGCCGCCCAAGAGGCGUAGCAGCAGAGGCGGGAGCGCAGGGGCUGAGGCGGGAGGUCAGGGAGCAGGCAGUGCACCGGAGCUAGAGCAGCGCAUGGACUGUGGAGAGUGGUGCUGUCCGGAGCGCGUGUGACAGCUGAGGGCAGCGAGACAGUCAGAGAGAGAGAGAGAGAGGGGACACUUCUACGGGGGCGCGGGCUGCCUCGUAUAUUGAUGGGGGGCGGUUCACGGAUCUUUCCAGGGCCUGUUCUGCGACAUGGGCGAUGCCUGACGCGGCAGUGGGUGCGGCAUAGCAACUAGGGAGUUACAGCCGGUGCCUUGCUGGGGUUCUCUAGCUAGCUCGUCAGCCAUAGGACUAGCAGUCCACGUUAAGGCGCGGUUCAGGAUGCUGCCAGUGCGUGACACGUGCUUGCGUGUGCGUUGAGUUCAUUACCGGUACUAGGCUGCGCGCAUGUGAGCUGUCUGACCCAUGGGUCAUACACUCGAGAGCUCCGUCGUUACAUGGCAUACAUCUUUCCAAUUCCGCUUCUAACCCACUCCCAAG